AUGUGCGAAGCAGAUGGAGCAAAAGGCGUCCGAAAUAACCAUGGAGCACUCAAAGUUCUCAGGCAAGCUGCGGCGGUAUCUCACAACCCUCCCCUCCCCCAGGUGGUAGGAUACCUGCGUAACGUGCGGGAGGCACUGACCAACUCCUUCGACUUCGUCAGCUCCGAGACGAUGAGCGCCUACAUGGUAACGGCCUACUGCCACGAUCUCAUGGGAAACGCGGCGGCUACACGGUACGCGAUCGAGUUUCCGAUCCCCGCGUGUGCGCCGAUGUCGGUGGCAGGUGGCGUUGGUGUAUGA